UAGAUAAUGAUAAUAGGGACUCUCUUUACAAGUUUGAUGGUUUGGGUAAUGUAAUGAUGGAGAGGUCAAUAAGCAUCAAGAACGGUGAUUCCGAUGAAAAACUGCAUGGAACAGUUCAAAUAACAGAGCCCACCAUAAAGCACCAUAAAUUGGUGAUGUCGCUUUCUCCAAAGCCCGUUGGUGAACUUGAUGCUGCUGCAACUAUGAUACAAAAAGUCUACAAAAGUUAUAGGACAAGGAGGAGUCUGGCAGAUCUUGCAGUUGUGGCCGAGGAGCUCUGGUGGAACUUGAUGGAAACAGAAACUGCAUCUAAUUACAAUUUGUCGUCGAAACCGAAUGAAACCAUUGUUCCUAAUGGCCAUAUCUUGCCGAGUCCAACAGGAAAGAUACUGAUGGUUGAUGAAAUUGAUUUCCAAAUGAAAGGUUCUCGACAGGAAAUAUCACUGAAACCAGAAACUUCCACACCACGGCUGCCACCUGCUGAAAGUGCCAAGGUUCGGAAAGGUUUGUCUAAGAAGGAUCAAAACCACAUCAAACAUUGGCUCCAAGAUGUUGACCCGCGCCAUCGUAAUGGACACGAUUUAUGGCCCCAAUAUGACGCCUGGUAUGAAAGCCAGAGCACAGAACCUUUCUUCUACUGGUUGGAUAUUGGUGAGGGCAGAAAACUUAAUCAUGGGAAGUCUCUGAAAUGCAUUAAAUAUGCUGGACCUAUUUGGAAGCUUUUUGCUGUGUUUGAGAAGGAUCCCUUAAAAGUAGCCCUCCAAUGUUGGCUCAAAACUGUCAAUUCGGAAUGCAGCUUUAUGCUCAUUAAUAUAAUUUUAGAGAUUUUUUUGGUGGCUUUGGAGCAAAUUGCCUCCCCAAGGAAACCUCAUUAUUCACUAAUCGCCAUGGUUGUGUCUCUUGUUGCCAUGUUCAUUUGCAUCAUGGAGCUCUUUGACAGGGGAAGUAAAGCAAAACUUGUUUUUAAGCGGCAGGGCAUGAGAUGUUGGUUUCAGCCCCCAUCUUCAACCGCCAAGCCUCUCUAUUCCUUCAUCGACAUGUUUGCUUUGAUUUGUGCCAUUGUUCAAUAUAUUUUCUCAGUUGUUGCAUAUAGUUUUCAUCAGCAGCACCGUGAGAAUCCCAUCAAAGUAUCUAUUGUUUCUGUCAUCUUCAUCAUAUGCAUGGCCUUUUCUAAAUAUACCAAUAAUAGUGGAGAUGGUGUAGCACUUCCCAUUGAAGGGAACGGUAAUGUAUAAUUAUUCUUCAAAGUAAAACAGUAUCAUGACACUUGAUUUUGUAAAAUUUACUUGUCUUUUUUCAAAAAUUGAAAAGAAACAAAUACUGUCCUGGUCAAAAGAACCUGGAACGUAUGUAUCGAGAGUGAGACUUGGAUGACAGACCCUCAUGCACCCUUGCACAUGCUUGUGUCGGUCAUUUUUUUGGUUUACUUGUUGCCUUUGUUUUGUGACAGUGACAUGCAGCGUAUGCAUGCACAGACAGGAUUUAUGCCUUCUGCAUUCUGUUAAAGAGUAUACCAGAAGAACUAAUGAUGCUUUGUUUGAAUUAAGUCUUCUGUUGCAUACUGCUUAUGCAGAGAUGUAUACAUGCUUUCAAUUAAUGAAAUUUAAUUGAGUUAGUUCCCUUUUCUCAGUUCUUCUCUCUGUUCUUUCUGUUAGC